GCUUCGAAGAUGGCGGCGCCCGCACCUCUGCUCCUGCGGGAGAACCCCAGCACGAAAAAAGCAGUGUCGCUGAUAAAUGAGAUAGAUAUAGGAAGAUUUCCUCGAUUGCUCACACGAAUUCUUCAAAGACUUCACCUGAAGACUGAGAACAGUUUCAGUGGUGAAGAGGAAGAAAAACUUCAAGCUGCAUUUUCUUUAGAGAAACAAGAUCUUCAUCUAGUUCUUGAAACAAUAUCAUUCAUUUUGGAACAGGCAGUCUAUCACAGCAUGAAGCCGGCUGCUCUGCAGCAGCAGUUAGAGAACAUUCAUCUUAAUCAAGGCAAAGCAGAAGCAUUUGCCAACGCGUGGUCUUCUAUGGGCCAAGAAGUGGUUGAAAAAUUCAGGCAGAGGAUUCUUGCUCCCAACAAGCUGGAGACGGUUGGAUGGCAGCUUAACCUUCAGAUGGCUAACUCUGCUCAAGCAAAACUAAAAUCUCCCCACGCCGUGAUACAGCUAGGAGUGAGCAAUGAAGACUCAAAGAGUCUGGAGAAAGUGCUUAUGGAAUUCAAUCACAAGGAGUUGUUUGAAUUUUAUAACAAGCUCGAGACCAUACAAGCUCAGCUGGAUUCCCUCACAUGAAGAUUGGUUUCUCCAUCACAUUCCCGCCACCUCAUCUGGUUGUGUUUUCUGAAUAAUUUGGUGGCUUCCUUCUUGUAAAUUAAGUGAAUAUUGCUUCUUAGACUAGAAAUAGCCAAGAGAUACCACUUAGCGAGUACUAAGGUUCUAAUAAAUGUUUUCUAGUUGUGUGAGCCAAUUGCAAGCCGUUGUUAAGAAUACUUGCUUUUUAUUGAAACAGAUCAUGUGAAUACUGUAUUGCUUUUUUCUAUUGCAUUGAUGUUUUAUUGCCUGCCCUGUAUUCUUUAUAUGCAUUUGUUCACUGCUUUUUUUCCAGGAAUAAAGGGUCUAAUGUAUACCUCAGAAUAGUGGUUUUCAAACAUUUAUCCAUAAGCCAGUCCUGUCCAUGGGUGUGAAAAGGUUAAAAGUUACUAUUAUAUUCAGAUUGCCAGUACUUAUAAUACUAUUGAAAAUCAGAAAGCAGCCAAAUGAAAAUACAUUUUCAAUUUUCCCUUGAAUAUUCUGGACAAAAUUUUGCUUUGGAAAUAAUGUAAGAAAGAAAUAUAAAAUAGAGGCAGUGGCAGAGUAAAAUUUAAUAUGAGCUAUUCUGUGUGCUUUCAUUUACUCUCUGAAUAUAAUGAUUUAAUAGCAGCCCAGGUUUUCGUAUACAUUUAUUUACUGAAAAUUAAUAAUGAUUCACUUCGUAAUCUUGGAGACAUUCAAAUUGUGAAUUAAAAAUAUAUAAUGACAGCUAAAUGAUCAGCAUUAAAAUUUCAGAAUACAUACCCUGUGCAUUCUUUUUCUGCAAAUAUGAUAAUUUCAGUCAAUAAAUAUUUUAUAUUUUAAAAUUAGUUGAAGGGUAUAGCAUUUAUACUAUGAAUGCAUUUAAAUAUAAGUAAGGUUGCUUGUAAAAAAUAAUUUCAGUUGAAUUUUUUAUGAGUGAAAUAACUUUUUUGUAUUGUUUCCAUGCAAAGAAGCAUGGAGGUAGGGUUGAAAAUGAAAAGAAAAAUCAUAUAAAUAACUGUAAUUGUCACUGUCCUCCCAUUGUUCAUCAAGUUGCUCAAGCGUGCCCAGUAACAUCUCCAGUGUGAGACUUCUUGUUACUGUGUUUAGCAGAUAGAAUACGUCACAGGUAGCUUGCCAGGCUUUGCCGUAUGGGAAAGAUACUCUUGGUAGCUUGCCGGGCUCUCCGAGAGGGGCGGAGGAAUUGAACCUGGGUCGGCUGGGUCGGCCGCAUGCAAGGCAAACUCCCUACUGUGCUAUCACACAGUAGUUAUCUAAAUAACAGGAAUGUUAAAAAGAUGAAAUAGGUCAUUUUAAAUAUUUAGCAUAAUUCUUGAUUUACACACAAUCACAUAAAAGUGUGAGAUGUCAUUUUCACUACCAGUAAGCAAAUGAUUAGGUUUUCAGUUGAAAUUGUUCCAAGUAGAGUUUGGAUUAAAGUCAAAAUUGCAGAAAGCUUGCUUUGAAACCCCUUCACUUUGAAUUUACUUAUGUUCCAAAGUUCUAUGUUCAUAGUGCUGAAGUUGAAUAAAAUGUCAACCUGUCCUA